AUGUCAGAACAGGCUGAUAAUCGUGGUAUGCCACAGCCUGGAUUUAUAAUUGAACAUCAAAACAGUGAUCAUAAAUGGAAAGUUUUAAGAAAUAUCUAUUCGGGACCGUUUUCCGAUGUCUACGUGGUGUCUGAUGUAAGUUAUUGAGUUCAGAAACUUAGAAAUUAGGUUAGCAGUUUUUGAGUAGAAAAAUUGUUUCAAAAUUUUACAGAUGAAUACCGAUGAACAUUACGCAAUGAAAUGCGAACGUCAAAUUGGAAAUUCUCGUCCAGUUCUCAAACUCGAUGUGAUGGUUUUGAUGGCAACAAAAGGAAUCAGAGGUUUUCCACAAUUUCAAGCAGCCGGUCGAACUGAAAUAUAUCGAUAUUGUAUUAUGCAACUUGUUGGACCAGAUUUAGGAAGACUUCGACGAACUCGACCAGAUCGACGAUUUUCAAUCGCGACAUCGCUUCAAAUUUUAGAGCAAACAUUGAAAAGACUUGAGGAUUUGCAUGAUGCUGGAUGGUUGUGUCGAGAUGUGAAAGCUCCCAAUUUCGCUAUUGGAGUUGGAAUAAACGAAGGAACUGUUUACAUGUUGGAUUUUGGAUUCGCCAGAAAAUUCAAGUUGGUUUUUUUUGUAAAGAAACAUUUUUUGAAAAAAAUAAAACUUUUCAGAGAUAAAGAAGGAAAGAUUAUUCCACCUCGACCUGCGGCUGCUCUCAUGGGAACAUUUCAAUAUUGUGCCGUUUCUGCACAUUCUCACAAAGAUCAAUGUACUCGGGAUGAUUUAGAAUCGUGGUUCUACAUGGCCAUCGAAAUGCUCAAGGUUUUUGAACAAUUUUCUGAACCCACAAUACUCUUAUUUUUUAGGGACCUUUGCCUUGGGCUCACAUUGAUGGUCAUAAAAAUCACAAACUUAUUGGUGAGCAAAAAAUGGAGAUGCGAAAAGAGCCGGAAAAGACCAAGUUUUUCGAAGGUGUUCCCAAACAAUUUCGCGAAAUUUUUGAUAUCAUCGAGGCAACCGACUUUUUCGAUCGACCAAAAUACUCGAGAUUGAGAGAACUUUUGAUUGAAGCCGCCAAAGAACAUGAUAUUUCAAUGAUUGAACCAAUGGAUUGGAUGAGCAAUAAACGGAUGAAAUUGAAGGUAAUUACGAAGAAUUUGAACCUUGCAAACCCGUAGCGUCACUGUUUCAGGCGAAUUUUGUUGGUGAAUUGGGUGAAUCUCAUCAAGCAUCUGCCAAAUUGGAUGCUGACAAAACACAAGAUAAUGAAGCAAUGGACAUCGAAUUUGAAAAUGCUGAUGAAAUACAGUAAGUUUCUGAAUAAAAAAUUCCACCUAACAAUAAGAAACAAAUUAAUUAUAGCCCUGAUUAUGUUGGUGUGAGUGCGAAAGGAUCAUCGAAAAGACCACGAAAAGAGAGUACAAAAUCCAAAGAAUCUUCUGAACUCUCGCCUGAGCCAAGUUCUACUGCAAAACCAUCAGCUCCACCUUCUGCACCAUCUUCAAAUCUACCACCAAGUAAGCUUGCUUAACUUAUCCUUAAUAAUUGUUCUUUUUCCAGUAUACAGCUGA